CUUCUCAAUAUACUAGUGAAAAAUCCCAGUCCACCACAGACCACUUCAUCGUUUCUCUGGCAACGAGACACUAAAUUUCUUCAGUAUCUUACAGAACUUGUUUUAAAUAUAAUCAAAGUACUAGAUAGUUUAGAAAAUAGAUAUUUACUUGAUUGAGCAAAAAGAAAUGUGCUAUUGCAUUAAAAGUUAUUAAUAAAGUUUAAAAUAUUAUAUUGUGGUGAAUGAAAUGUUUGAAACAAACGUUAUAUUGACAAAAUAACUCCAAGGAUAAAGUAUUCAACAGUAUUAAAUGUAAUGAAAAGAGAUAAAUAAGUGAUAUUGGUAAAGGGAUUCUCUUAAAUGACCAUGGAUACAAUAAACAAGUUUGAACCAUUGAUUCAGCUUGAGCAGUUGAUCAAGGACAAGAGAAAUUGGAAUAAUUUUUUGUGAAAUUAUGGAAAAAACUAGGCAACCUUGGUUGAAUCAUUUUAUUCUUAUUCAAGUUAUAAAGUGAAUGAAUUUUGAAGUGCCUUUCAAAAAGAUUAAUCAUGGAAUAAAUUAUUAUAUUUUUAGACCGGAGUUCCUAUCCGUUUUCAAAACCGGUAUUCGAUCUCCGGAUAUUCGUUAUUGAUAUUAUCAUUAUUUAUAAAAAUGUUUACGUAUUUUCGAGGUAGACGAAGCCUGCAAAUCCUUUUAUUUGGUUUUAUGAUAAUAACUAUUUACUUUUAUUAUCGUACUACUAUUGAAGACUACCAUCCAUUCACAGAAUUUACAAAUGCUACUAGUAAUUUGCUAAUUAGCCAGAGGCGUUCUAUUGAAAAUGGAAAUGGCAAAUUAUUAUCAACGUUAACUAAAAAUAAAACUUUUGAAAUAGGAACAAAUUCAAGUUUUUUCAAUAAUUCGAAUAACUCAUCAAUCGAAGCAGGAUCUCCUUCAACUUCAGGAUUUCAAUUACAGUCUUCCAUUUCAAGUACAUCAAAUAACCUAUCAAUAAAUAAUAGCACAAUCGUGCAGCAUGAGUCAAAAUUAAUCUCUGAUAAUUCAACCGUCUCAUUAAAUAUCCAUAAUGACACUACACGUGCCAUAUACCAAGGUGGAUAUGAUGUAGCCAUACCUGAAAAAUGCCCAUCAUCUGGUAAAGACAUGAAUCUAGUCAUAAUAGUCAUGUCUGCACCAACUCACAUAGAAGCAAGAACAGCUAUUAGACAAACUUGGGGACAUUUUGGACAGAGGACUGAUGUUAGUAUAGUGUUUAUGCUUGGUGCUACGACUGAUAUGAAAUUAAAUAAAUUACUACAAUAUGAGCAGAAGCUCUAUGCUGAUAUAAUACGAGGACAAUUUAUUGAUUCGUAUUCUAAUUUAACUCUCAAAACUGUUUCUGCUUUGGAAUGGAUUAAUACAUAUUGCUCACAUGCAAAGUUCAUUUUAAAAACUGAUGACGAUAUGUUUAUAAAUGUUCCACGUCUGUUGUCUUUUAUUAAAAAACAUGAAAAGGAUACUAAUGUAAUAUUUGGUAGAUUAGCAAGAAAAUGGAGACCUAUUAGAAAUAAGAAAAGUAAAUAUUAUGUGUCACAAGAACAAUUUGAACAGAAGACUUUUCCUGAUUUUACAACUGGACCUGCUUAUCUAUUAUCCAAAGAUGUUACAGCAAAACUCUAUGGAGCAGCAUUGGAUGAAACUUAUUUGAAACUUGAAGAUGUAUUCAUAACUGGUAUCAUUGCUCAUAAACUAGGAAUCAAACGUGUCCAUGUUAGUGAAUUUCUUAAUAAAAAAAUUACAUAUAGUCCUUGUAAUGUGCAAAGAGGAAUAAGUAUACAUAUGGUGAAAUAUUGCGAACAAUUUGAUCUUUGGAAAAAAUUAUUAGAUGGUAAAAGUAAAUGUAAGUGAUAAAAAAAUUUCAGUAUUAUGAUGUUUAAUUGCAUAAUAAAAAUUAAUUUUUCGUCUCAA